ACAUGCGCACUGGGCAUCAAAAGCGCAGAUAGAGGCAAAACAAUGUCACAAAAAAGGACAUAUCCUUCAGGUGCAGAAAAAAGGAAGAAGAAGAAAGUGGAAGAGGAGAAAAAAUGCCAUGAUAAAGGAGCAUUGUUAAAAUACUUUGGAGGCACAGAAUCAGCCCAGAGCCAGUCCACAUCCUCAGGCUCAACUGUGAGUGAUGAAUCAGGUCCAUCUCCAUCCUCUACAGUGCUCUCUCACACACCUCCAUCCUCUGUGCCCACUGUCCCCUCCAUGUCUGAAACCACAGCUGAUUUAUCUACAACUUCCACCACAACGUCCCCUUCACACCAUGGACCAUCAUCAGCUCUGCCAGUUGACCCAGCUGAGUGGCCUUCUUUCCUCUCAGAUUCAGACAGGACUGAGCAGCACCAGAUUGUAGUCUUGAAGAGGAGUCCUGAGCACCUGCCGCCUCAGAGGGCGCAGCAGCGGGGGGCAUGA